AUGACGUUUCGAGGCACGGCGUCGGGCCUCGCAUACCCCUUCGACAUCACCCAGCGCGAGCAUGAAUACUGGGUACAAGCUUUGAAUCAACAGGACUUGGAUCGUCAUCUCUGUGUGGCCACCAGCAGCCUCUUCAAGUGGAUGCAGGCUGCUCGAAUGGAGCUUGCAUGGCUGCAGGCAGGCUAUAAAAAUCUGUCCUAUAUCGAACCGCAGUUGCCCCGACGCCUUUUGGUGGCCUCUCAGGGCAUUAAGAUGAUCCGGCCGGCAGCGCUGUCCGAAGCUCUGCACAAGUCGGUCCUUACCCGGGUGAGCAUCGGAAAGGUCGGCAAGACCUCCAUGGAGUUCCGCUAUGAGAUCUUUUUUGAUGGCGACAAGGUUGCGGAUGGCUGCACCGUCAUGAUCUUUGCAACCGGACGAUCUGGGAGCUUCACUCCAACACCUGUCCCGGAUGAUCUGAGAGCCUUGGCGGUGGAUGGCCUUAACGCAUCGCCUGCGGAGCUGUCCCGGUCAGUUUCUGAUCAGAUGCCACAAGUUCCCCAAGCUUUGCUCAACAGUCCUGCAAAUUCUGGAAAUUCUCAAAGUUUGCAACAUGUGUACCGGACGCGGGCUUUCGUGCGCUUCUCGGAUGAGGACCUGAACAAGCAUGCCAACCACUCGGCGCAGGCGCGGUUCUUCGAGGAUGCGCAGGAAGAGUUGGCCGCUGACGCUGGGGCUCCAGAUGAGCUGCGCAGACUUGCAGCUGGCCACAUCGAAGCGAUUGCCAUCACCUACAUGGCUGAGGCACAUGCUCUUGACGAGCUUGAGAUUUUCUUGGCCCCCAGUGCGGCUGCACAUUCUCUGGAUGUUUGGGUCCAUCGGAUGAGACCCGACCGGCGGCUGUUGGCAAAAGGACGGAUCUGCCUCAGCGAGCUCCCAGCAGCUACGACUACGACGUCGCGCCUUUGA